ACAGAUCAGUAACCGGAGAUGAAAAAUAUCUUUUAUGAUCUUGGUGUUCUUCGAGCAUUCCUGAACAGCAAGUGAGGUGGCUGGGUCACUUUGGUGGCCACACGUCCAAUGUGCCAAGAGUCGCAUUUUGUCAAGGAUACUUUGACAAAAAGCCAUACUUGUCUGUACAGCUGCUGGCAGAGUCUAACACGUGGUGUAAAGAAUUCCAAAUAAAUGCUCCCGCAACACGAGCAAGGGUGCUCAGGUGUGGGUUUCAGCUCCCCUCGGUGCAGGGCAGAGGUGCCGGCUGCGUCAGCGUUGGCAGAGCCGCGCCGGUGCCCCCGGGAAGGAAAUGAAACUCAGCGGGAAAUAGCAUCUCCGCGCCAUAGCCACACGGUCAGCCGUAAGGGAGGUGUCGGGGGUUCACUGCCGCCUCCGCCCGGGACACGGAGCGCGGGGGAGCCGGGAGCCAGGCGGGAAUUGCCAAGGCCGCAGCAAGGCCCGCAUGCGGGACCCGAGGCGUCCCAAGGCCUGCGCUGAAGCAGGGUCGGGGCCACACGCUCGGCACCUCGGCGUCCGCAGACGGCCUCCUGCAGGCGGGGCGCGGUGACGCGGGCGGUGCGCGCCAGGCCGUGUCCGGAGCCCCGGAAGCGCCGCGGCCUCGGCGCUGCCAGCGGCGGGAGAGAGCGGGGCGGGCCCGGCGCGGCGCGGGAGCGCGGCCCGGCCCCGCCCCGGCCCGAAGGUUCCCGAGGCCGCUCGGGUCAAAGCCGAGGGCAGCGCCGGCAGCGCCCCCCGGCGGUGGAGCGGCGGGUCCGGUGGUGCGGGAGGCGGCGGGGCCGCGGCCCGAGCGCGGCGCAGAAAUGGAGGGGAAAAAGCUUAUUUCUGCAACAGACACACAAUAUUCUAGUGUGCUCCUUCAGUCUUUGAAUGAGCAACGUGGCCAUGGACUUUUUUGUGAUGUUACAGUCAUUGUGGAGGACCGGAAAUUUCGAGCUCACAGAAACAUCCUUUCAGCCUCCAGCACAUAUUUUCACCAGCUUUUCUCAGUGGCUGGUCAAGUGGUUGAACUGAGCUUUGUGAGAGCAGAAAUUUUUGCAGAAAUUCUUAAUUAUAUUUAUAGUUCCAAAAUAAUCAGUGUUCGAUCUGAUUUACUUGAUGAACUGAUUAAAUCAGGGCAGGAGCUGGGUGUUAAGUUCAUAGCUGAUCUGGGCAUACCUCCGGCCGAAGGCAAAAAUGUGCCAAGCGAGGUCAAAGACAGUGCUUCAGAAACUUCAUCUUCUAGUCCAAAUCAAAGAGAUGCUGAAACACAGGUAACUGUAAUCAGGCCAGACGGUCAAGAGGCAACAGAUGGGAUGCCAGUUAUAACACAGUCAUUCUCCUUACAUGGCAUAGAGUAUGAGACUACCAAAAUUACAGUGAGUGAUUCGGAUGAGGAGGAUGAUGAUGUAAUUUUUUGUUCUGAGAUUGUUCCUCCAAAAGACUGUACUAAAGACAAAACUGCUGCAAGCCAGAGCCAGCCUUGCUCAAGUCCAGCUGGAGCUUCUGACCAAAAAUCCUGUGGCAGUGGUGGCUCCCCCCAUUUGACGAACACCACAGCAGCUCAGAACCUCACUUUGUCUGCCAGUCAGCUAAGCCCAAACCAAACACCAUCAGGUGCUGAAUCACUCGUGUCCGCAACGCCGCAGCAUUUUGCUCCUAAUAUCAUCGUGCUAAACAAGCCUCUGCUUAACUCAUCGCUUGGUGCCAGCUCCUUGCAUCAAACACAUGUGACUCCUACAAUUAAUUUACUUGAGGAGAACCAGCAGCCAUCCAAUAAUGGCUCCGUAACUGAAGUGGAAGCAACUGCUGUUGAUGAUGAAGUGGUUGUUGAAGAUGAUGUUGAUAUCAUUAGCUCCUCUAGUCCCGGUUCGGUCAGCAGCAGCUCUUUGGUUCAGCCACCUUCUGUUCCUAAGGCAGCGAGCCCUGAAGGAUCAGGUGUACAGAAAAAACAGGUUGUUACAUUUUCACAGGAGCCAUCUGCUAAAUCUGGAGAAUUUAAAAUAAAAAUCUCAGAUGUCCUUUCUGUAAACGACAAGGAGUUAAAUUCAGGUCUAACGUCAAAGAAUGUGGCAGAUGGGCAGAAAAUCAUAACAUUAGAUACAGCAACCGAGAUAGGAGGCUUAUCCACAGGCUGUAAGGUUUAUGCAAAUAUCGGUGAGGACACCUAUGACAUAGUCAUCCCUGUGAAGGGUGAUUCUGAGGAAGGGGAAGCCAAGCCUGAUGACACACCCAAAAAGUCUGGUGAUGAACCUCCAAAGGGGAAGCGCAUGAAAGUAAAGCACGAUGACCACUAUGAGCUCAUAGUAGACGGCAGAGUCUAUUACAUUUGUAUCGUGUGCAAGAGGUCGUAUGCCUGUCUGACGAGCUUGCGAAGACAUUUCAACAUCCACUCCUGGGAGAAGAAGUACCCGUGUCGCUACUGUGACAAAGUGUUUGCUCUUGCAGAGUAUCGUACCAAGCAUGAACUUCACCACACCGGGGAGCGAAGGUACCAGUGCUUGACGUGUGGCAAAUCUUUCAUCAGCUACCAAAUUACGGCCUCCCACAUAAGAUCGGUUCACAGCCAAGACCCUUCUGGAGACACCAAGCUGUACCGGCUGCACCCCUGCAGGUCCCUGCAGAUCAGACAGUACGCCUACAUCAGUGACCGCCCCAGCAGUGUCCCGGUGAUAAACGAGGGGGGAAUUGUCUAUCGUGUAGGCUCAGGGAAGGAUGGCACUGAAGGAACAACGUCCAACUCUCCAGCCAAACAAAUCACCUGGGAUGACAUUUUUGUUCCACAGGGAAGUGAGCCAAUUUUUAAACAAAACCCGUCAGAGGGAAGUACUGAAUUUGAGUUUGUGAUACCAGAAUCUUACUGAAAUGCUUGAAAUGCUGGAAAAAGGAUUCAGUGCAGGAGCAUUGCAUCCGUUUUAACUGAACGGCUGAAAUUGCUACAAAAUCAAAGGUUACAGUCAAAAUAAGUUAACUCAUUCUAAAAAGUCACCAAAUGGACCACUCUUAACUGCAGUGAUUUGUGGAUGCAAUUAAUUAGAAAAUUUACUUCAGUGUAAAGUAAGACAUUUCUAAGGCACUAGCCGUGUUUUCUGGUAUGUUAAAUUUGAUCAAACAUGAGGAUCUGUGGCUUGAAAAUGUACAAUUCCUUCUAAAGAGCUAGAAAUAUUUCUAAAAUAAUUGAGGUACUUCCUGUACCCAAAUUUACCAUGUAAACCCUUUCUUUCAUGUUAGCACUUUAAUACUGAAUUCUGUUUAGAUGUUAACUAAGAAAAUAGUUAGAUUUUUUUCAUCAUAGUCUCUUGGUCAUGGAACUAUUUAAAAAAAUAAUCCUACAACUUGUGAGCAAGGGGCCAAAAUACAUAAUCCCCUACUACACUGGAGUAGUCUGUUUUUGAGCUAGCAUUUUAGUUCUGCUUUUAUAAAUAUUAUGAAUCAUCUGUCUUCAUGCAAAAAGUCUUGUCAACAAGCAAUACUCAGUUAGGGCUAACUUGAACAAACUUUACUUACACUUUGACAGUGUGGUGAGCAAAGUAUUCAGUGUCCUGGACCAUGGUAUUUUACUCUUUGCAAUGAGAAAAAAUAGCGAAGAGGAACUAAAAUAUAAUGAUAAAAAUAUUAUUUGUUUUCAGCUGAAGACUUCUCAAAACUAUGAAUUCAUCUAAGUGCUGCAUUGGUUUAGCACUGAGACUGCUGAAGAUCUUGUAUGUCUGUUUGGCAAGAUCUUCAAGUGAAACAGGGAUUUGGAUUUCCCCCCACACUUGCCCCCAUUUUUACAUUUUGGAAGAUGAGGACUAAACCAACAACCAGAAAAUACCUUUUAUUCACCAUGACCCAAGGUAUAAUUUCUCUGCAGUUAAUUCGUUGUCAGCUGUUUCCAGAUUUGGGUUUAUUAUGUUGUUGUUUUAUUCUCCUUGCAAUUGGUGCCUGUUUAAGCAAUUAAAAGAUGAAUUAGAUGUCCAACUUGAUCAGUAAAUGGUAGAGAAAAACAGCUGCUUACUGGAGUCAUAGCUUAGCAUUUCAGAGUUAGUGACUUGUUGAUUUUUGUAAAUGAUAAUAUGAAAACUGCUCAAGUUCUAGAGGUGACUGAGAAAGACUAUUGUGCAUAGUACUAGUUAUGGAAACCUUUAAUUGCUUAAAUUGCAGUUACAGGUUUCUCUCUUCUUUUUCAUGUUUUAAGUUAGCAUCUUGAUUUUGUGACUUUCAAAGUUAAAGGUGUUAGACAUACAGUACUCUUCACAGAAAGGCACUUAAAUGGUAAAUGGUUCAAAUAUAGGUUGAGCUACAAAAAAGAUACCAGAAAUCCACGUGAGCAAUGAUGGGAGGAGGGUUUUACGUGGUGCAUAUGAUGCUCAGCACUUCUCUUUUGUCAGCCAAGAACACGAUACACUUGAUUAUUUGCAGGUCAUAUUGCAGACCCCUUUGAACACAAUGGGUCAUGCUUUAAAUAUGGGGUGUAACUGAGCUGGCAUUUCUGCAGUCAGACAUUAUCCUCGUGUGACAUCCGUGUGGAUCACCUGUGUCGGCUCUGCCACAGCUGGCUGGUGCUGUGGUCGAACUUCCUGAACUUUGUGGUGAGACAAAUGCAAUGUUAUUUUUGUUAUUGACAUGACACACGUUUAAUCACAAAAUAGUCUUGAGUUGGAAGGGAACCACAAGGAUCAUGGAACCCAACUCUCAAGUAAAUGGCCUGUAUGGGGAUCUGGAAUUAAGCAGAAUUAAACAUAGUGAUUAUCACUAUUUGCUGCUGUUAUAUUUAAACCUUAAAUUAAACUGUGCCUAGUAAAGGUCUCUUUUUGGAGGAAAACUGGAAAAUUAGGGCUUUGUAACUAUUUUCGCUAGAAGACUCGUGCUUGCAUGUGUCUCAGGGUCUUCAGUUUUCCUUGGAAGUGAUUUUGAUAUCCAAAGUCCAGAGGUAUGUAAAGCAUUUUUUUAAUUUCACUUCUGGUAUUUAUUGGUUUGAAAACAUGUUAAAUCCAUUAUUUGAAAACUUUUUAUGGGGCCAUGAAUAAGCUUUUCUAUUUAGAUUUCUGAUUAUUGCACUUAUAUUUGUGUUUUUGUUUGUUUUUGUAAGCAUUUAACUUCCAGUUUAACUUAAUGAAAAAACGUAUGUAAAUAUUAAGAAAUUGGCUUUGGGAUAAUGAAAUAAAAAGGUUGAAUCUGACAAAGCAUUUAUAUAGAAAUGAAAAAUUUCAACAUUUCAAAAAUUUCAUUUACUAUGCAUAUAAAACCAUUAACAGAUCCGCCGCAGAAUAUAGUAAUGGUGGCUGCAUCCUCACUAUCUGGUUUCUUUGGGGAUUCAUACCAUAACAUUCCACUAUGUGAACUACAUAAAUACUGAAUAACAUCUACUGCUUGUUUAUUUUGUUCUGUUAAGGCAUGCAGCUUCUAAAGAGAUGCGGAAGCUGACAACUAUAUACAUUGAAUUCUGAGUUUUGCAGGCAUUGCCUAGGAAAUGUUCUAUGUGGAACAUUCCUUGGUUUUCCCGGGUCUGUGAUGUAUAUAGUUGUACAGCCUUUCCUUAACAUACUUUUUCAAAUUAUGUUCUACUUUUCAUUAAUCAAUACAUGGUAUUAGUUCUUAGCGCUUUCUAUGGCAAAAAUAAAAAAGUUUAAUUCUCAA